CUGGUUGAAAGUUAACUAACACCAUGAAUGUAAUCAUAGUAGGCCUAAAUGAGAUAUUCUGACCGACCGUUCACUCAUCACGAGACACACUAACACAGGUUAAACACGAGAAGGGAGGUGUAGUGUCGUUGGCAGGACAACGGACCUUCAACUGCACGCACCCAGGAUAAAACUCCACCCACUCGGCUUGUCCAGCAUUUCAAAACUGCGGUCUCCUAGCGGUCAAAUCACAUUUCCACGUGGUCGUGAGCAUAUGUAAACAAAAUGGAGGUGGUCUUGACAGCCUGCUGCACUGGCAGUAACAUUCACGAAUCACCAUGUAGCUGAGCCGGUCUUCACUGCGGCUGACCGGCAGCCUGAUAGACCUCCAUGCUGUCGGCAUCAUUCUGGCUCAGCACCUACCAAGCAGACACGGGAAAAGAACCACCGACAGAACCCAACCUCUGGAACAAGCACUUUAGAUUAACACCCAUGCAAACCUAUUCUACUUGUAUGCAAAGGUGCUACGACUACUGGGUUUUUUACAGGGUUGUAUUGUAGAAUUUGAAGCACUUCCUUUUACAAGCUCGAAUAUCCACAAGCUGUUAUAUGUUUUCGUAACGGAUUUAUCGCAAAUAUAUUUGAUUGCGAGACAGAGAUGUGUGAGUGCCGGCCACUCAGGCGUUUGGGUCACGGUGAAGCAGGAUGGCCAGGUUAGGUUAGGGUUAGCUUCCCUGCUGCCCAAGGUGGUGCUACAGCAGACGGCCAGAGAUCACCCAGAGUCCAGAGAUGCUAUAAAACAUAAUUCAAGAUCAUCUGAGAGUAUCUGACAUCACCCAAAUUACCUGAUGGAACAGAGAUCAUUUUAGAUUACCUGAGAUCACAUUAUAGUACCUCAGACCAACCAGAAAUCCUUCACCCUAAUCACCUUAGACACCUGAGAGGUUCUUCAAGAUCACCUGGGAUCCCUUGGGAUUACCUGCUGAUCACUGCUGUCUGAACCAUCACCCACGACAACCUCUCGGGUUGCUAGGGUGGGGGGUAAAAUGAGUGAGGAGGAGAGACAGGGCCCCGGGGCCCCCCAGGAACCUCCUCAUGGGGACAUUGACUACCAGGAUCAGGAUGAAUCAUGGGGCCCCCACUUCCAAGGUUCGGAAGAUGGCUGCGGUCCCUGUUACCAAGAGGAUUCCCCCCAUAACGGGGGUCGACGUACAGACUCCGGGGACCCCCAGGGUCAGGAUGAUGGGGAUGGUUGGGGCCCCCAGUACCAGGGCCAGGAGGACUCCUGGGGGCCCCAGCCUGGGCUGGAUGCUUGGCAUAGCUCCAAGGGACACCUGGUGGGUCUGGAGACCUUCAUCCACCGCCUUGACUCCAGUGAGGUCCUGUACGCACCCCGGCCCGUUCGUGCCAAGCUGCUGGGUCGCUACCUGCUGGGGGAGCUGCUGGGGGAGGGGUCCUACGGGAAGGUGAAGGAGAUGCUGGACUCAGAGACACUCUGCCGACGAGCUGUCAAGAUCCUGAAGAAGAAGAAGCUGAGGAGGAUCCCCAACGGAGAGGCCAACGUCCAGAGGGAGAUCCAGCUGCUGAGGAGACUGCGGCACAAGAACGUCAUCCAGCUUGUGGACGUUCUGUACAACGAGGAGAAGCAGAAGAUGUAUAUGGUGAUGGAGUACUGUGUGUGUGGGCUGCAGGAGGUGCUGGACUGCGCUCCGGGGAAGAAGCUUCCGGUGUUCCAGGCUCAUGGCUACUUUGUGCAACUGUUGGACGGCCUGGAGUAUCUGCACGGACAGGGGGUUGUCCACAAGGACAUCAAACCUGGCAACCUGCUGCUGACCACCAGCGGAGAGCUGAAGAUCUCAGACCUGGGUGUGGCCGAGGCCCUGGCACCAUUCUCCCUCCAGGAUGAGUGUCGCUGCUCCCAGGGCUCCCCCGCCUUCCAGCCUCCUGAGAUCGCCAGCGGCCGCGACGCCUUCUCCGGGUUCAAGGUGGAUGUCUGGUCUGCUGGCGUCACACUGUAUAACAUCACCAGCAGUCUGUACCCCUUUGAGGGGGACAACAUCUACCAGCUGUAUGAGAACAUCUGUGGAGGCUCCUACAGCCUCCCAGAGCCCUGUGACCCCCUGCUGGCUGAGCUGCUCACAGGCAUGCUGGAGUGUGAUCCUGUAAAGAGGUUUUCCAUACAACACAUCAGAAAACACAGCUGGGUUAGGCAAAGCCACCCUGCUAGCACGCCUCCGGUGCCUCUUCCCCCCGGCGCCGAGCACAGCGACCCCUGGAGGAGCAUGACGGUAAUGCCAUACCUGGAGCAGCUGCACGCCUGCCAAGAGGAGCAGGAGGAGGAGCAGGAGGAGGGGGAGGAGGAGGAACAGGAGCAGGAGGAAGAGGAGGUAUUCUACACUGAGGACCUUGUCUCUGCAUACCCAGGACCGGGGUCAGGUCUGGGGCGUGCGUGUGUGAAGGGGGUGGGGCCAGAGUUGAAAGGGGUGAAGCCAGAGCUGAACGGGGCAGAACCAGCAGUACAGCAGCCAACCAGGUUGCGUUCUGAGCGUCUCUCUAGCUCCUCCUCCAGCCACUCCCUCCUCGGAGGCUCCGCCUACUGCCGUCUGCGCAGACUGUCCUGCAAGCAGCAGUGAACCCGCACACUGCUGUGCAUGAAUCAUCAGGACCUGAUUCUCCUCCAACUCUUCACUGAGGAAUAUGAUGAGGAUGCUACCACGAAGAAGAUGCUUCCUCCUGAAAGACAAGCUUCAUGUAGACUACGACACUGUUUGAAAUACACUGUGAAGUGAAUGGAACUAAAUGAUACUAUCUCAGUAACUACAGUAUGAAACAUAACUGCAGUAUUAUAUAGAUGUAUUAAUAUAUACAUAUAUCUAUUUUAGGAUAACAGCAUGAUUAAGAGAGGGGUUAAUGUGUGUAUGGCUCUUGGCUGGGGUGAGGGUUGGGGCAUACACACACCACACACACACACAAUCACUCCCUAACACACACACCACACACGCACACAAUAUCACCUGUUAUGUGAAUAAAGGCCUCUCUCUCCUGCAUGUUCCUGUCAGUCGGCUCCUCUGGAACCUUGCCGUUGCAGCCAGCUUUGGACAGAACAAAGUUUCCCUUCCAGCGAAAACGACUACCUUCGGGUCUGAACAGGAAGGAAGUAGGAAAGUUCUAGAGUAUUAAAAGGGGAUUAAGUUUGAAAUGACACGCACCGCAAGACAGGCAACGAUUCUUUCAUUUAUUCUCAGAUCAGGACACAGGCUAAAAAAUAACACACAUCUUAUUGGUCCUGUAGCCAUAGACACAGCCUGUUCAGAAACAUCCGCAUACUUGAGAUAGGCAGACGUUAGCAUACUAAUUAGCAAGGAAUAGUGAAAUAUACUCUAUUUUAUUCAUCGAAAUAAAUCUAAUAAAAUAUCAGAUACCAUCGUAGCAUCACGAUUUCUAAAGAAAUAUCGCAUAAAAUACAAAACCGCUAGUAUCUCCCACGCUCUACUAUGGAGUUAGAUUAGUUUCAUAAUUCAAACAAACAAACACAACACGAUUCAAACAAAUUUAACACGAUCCAA